UUUUUCUCGCAUCUCUAGUGGCAACGCCAUUUUGUGUAGAAGAGAAAAUUUGAGAAUAGCUAAACGGGUAUUUCUUUGUGUUAAUAAUAUAUUAUAAAGUAAAUUGAAUAUAUGUAAAUUUGAGUUUCAAAGUGCUGUGCAAUUGUAAUAUAUUUACGGUAUGUGAAACCCGUCGCAUAAAUACGCAUUCUCAAGUGCAUGCAACCUAUAAAGUUCUUUAAAAUGUGAUGGGAGAUCAGGCUCUAUCUUUGUGGAUGUAGCUCCUCUUUCAAUGGCAGGCAAGGAGCGUCACCAAGCAGUAUUAAAUAUCAAAUUAUCAAAAUCAAAGAAAUCUAAAUUAAGAUGUACCCAACAACCUAUUAAAACUGCCAAUAAUCCGAAUUGUAAUACUCAGCAGACAUCUGCGGAAAAUAGUUUGUUAAAAAACUGUCAAAUCAGGCAGGCAAAUAACAAUAUCGUUGCCAUGCUGACAUUGUUUAUAUGCAACAGUCAACUUAUAUUUCGGAAAAACUUUAAAAUGUUUAUUGCAUUAUUAGUGACGUUUUCCUUAAUAUGCACAUCGCAAUCGAUAUUAUUGGAUGAACAAGUCGGCAGUGCUGUGAUCUCGAAUAACACGAGCUACCGAACAAGUGGAAAAUCAAUUUCAAGCAAUAAUACGGCUGGUAGAUCUUCAGUAGCCGUAAACGGCUAUCUCGAUAAAUUGGACAAUUUGGAGCGAAGUGUUGCCGCUGUGUUGAUUAAAGUAGCUUACGGAACAACAUCAACUACAAAACGAAGUAUUCCCGACAAUAGCUACAUUUUGGGCCUCACUACUGUAGCGACGCCACUUUUAACUACACUCAGAUACCAAGCGGCAAACCAAGCUCAGCAUAACGGAGGUCGCCAUAGAAACUAUGAGUUAGACUUGGAACGAGAUCAUGCACUGCCAACUUCUGCACCAAACGCUGAUAUUUUAAAAAGUAAUAAUAAUCCCACCUAUCCGAAUCCAAAUCGCCAUCACAGCAGCAGCAGUCAUGAUAGAGAUCGUCAUCGGCACACUAUGCAGUACAAUUCAACACCAAUGCCAUCAAUUCCUAACUUACUAAAGAAAAUCAGCGGUCAGCCAACUAUACCAAUGUACCCUGGAGAUAUACCGUCAUAUUCGCCACCAUCAAGAGCAUUCUUUACCCCGCCAUUACCGCCGGAAUAUCAAAAUCCGUUCGCUGACAAACCCACCUUACGGGGCACAAAUAAUGAAGGCCUUAUAUCGAACACAGUUCCGUUUAAUAAUAGGCGCCCAAUACCGCCGCCCAGCUUGAUGCCCGGUCAUGAAAGGAUACCAUUUCGUCCACCCGAUUUGGCCGCGUCGCAUGGUAACGGAGAUGGUAAUUCAAAUCACAAUACAAAUGAUAGUUACUUUGCCAGUUCUGUGGAGCCGAAGAAGCCACUUGUCGCGACCAGCAUAGAGGGAGCUUUGGAUAUUGCCGGCGAUCGUAAAAAAGCACUUAAUACACCGGCACGCAAUGGAAAUGAUGCCGGUGCAGUUGAAUCAUCAGAUCCUAAUGCUAAAAAUCGUAAAACACAAGAUGUCGGGAUUUCUAAUAGCAAAGAAAAUUCAAAUAAAAGGCAAGAAGUAUUGCCGAAUAUCAGACGCAUACUGGGAUCAAAUGGUAAGAAAGGUGACAUUCCUGCAGUUUUGUUGCGCCAUGUGACACAGCGUCCUAUGGUCCCCUAUCAUCAGCCUCCAGCAUCGCCGAUUGUUUCGGUUGAUAACGUUGAAACUGCAAAUGGUAAUGGCAACAUCAGUAGUAUGACUGAUGAUGGUACAUCUUCCGCUGCCAGUCCAAAUAUAAAUAAGAGUAAACAAUCGUCUGGACAAUUGGAUUACAAUAAUAGUGCUGCUGCAAGAGAUUCGUUCGGAAACAAUGCUAGUCAGACAACAGUUACCACAUUAUCCGCUUCAACUUCAAUUGGUGAGGCAGCUGCUACAUCGUUUACGUCAGCAUCGGCAACAACAAACCCAAAGCCAACUUUGAAAAGCAUUUCAGCAGCAGGGAAAUCUGGUCAAGAUGCUGGCGUAAUAGGAGUCACUGCUAGGGAAGGAGAUGCUGUAGGCGCUGCUGCUGCUGCAGCAGCAUCUGCAAAUACCACAUGGACAUGGGCAUGGAACAUACAUAUAUAUCUGUCAGUCGUAUUAUUCACAAUAUUAGCAGUCUAUUCGCUUUACAAACUUGUCACUUAUAACAAAUUGACACAUCUUUUCGCUCAGUCAUAUUUUGUUUACAUACAACUUAUACUAAUUACAAUUUGCAUAAUGCGCAUAAUUUACUUGUGCGUUGACGCAUACAAUAUUCAUGGAACAUUCCAAAUAUUUGCAGCAGAGCUUCUUUUGAAUUUGCCAUCAACAUUCUUGACAGUUGCAUUUGCAGUGCUUAUACUUUUUCUGUUUCUCAAGUCCCUCAAUCACAAAAAUAAUCGGUACUCUGCGUUAGUUAGGCCACUGACUGUCGUUGUCGGAUGUGGUGUUCAUGUUGGACUCUGCAUUACACUACAUUAUGUCGAAUCGUAUACACUGCAAAAUCACCAUAUGUACUAUCAGCAACAGCAACAGCAUCAAUAUUUUCGUCGCCAACAACAGCAGCAGCAUCAACAAUUGCAUUCGCAAUCCCCAUUUUCUGGUAGCCCAUCGACCAGUUUGGCCAAUUCGCCUCCUCCUCGUGUUCUUUCACUGAUAUGUCAAAUAAUAUAUAUUUUCAUUUGCUUUAGUUUGGGUCUACUAUAUCUAUAUUUAUAUCGCAUUCUAAAGCGUAUAUUAAGAAGCAAAUCACAAAACUAUAUACAUGGCUAUCAAAAUUUGUCCUAUGCGAUUCAUAUAACAAUCGCAACGGCCUUGCUGUUUGUUUUAUUAGCUGCUCUACAAAUCUUUGGCGCUAUUUGCAUCUCAGCGACACGCCCGCUUAUGAGCCAGGCAAAUAUUGUUGAAAUUGACUGGAUGCAGUGGGGCUAUCAGUUUUCAUUGCGUCUAAUCGAGAUUGCAAUCAUAACACUAAUAUCCUGGGUGACUGGCUUAAAGACCAGCCAGGGCAGCAAUGUCAACGCUGCCAUAUCCCUCAAUAGUGAUGUACGUAUGGCUGGACAAGCUAGUGGUGGUUUUGGUGCCAAUGCCACUGGUAGUGUAAUCAGAGAAAAACAUGCUGUUGCUGCUCCUGCCCAUCACAACUCACAUUCAAAUGUAGCGAACUUCUUCUUGCCUUGCACGUCGAGCUCCAGUCAGGAACAGUUUGAAACCGAUUACCCAGCUAUUUGCAACGCAAACACUAAUUUACAUACGUACACAAUGCGUACGGGCAAACUUAUCUAUGAUGAUAGCUAUGCGCUUAACUCGUUGGCUGGACCAUCGGCAGCGUCUCCAAGUGGCGGUGGCACCGAGUAUCAGCUGCAGGAACCUAUGUAUCAAAGACCUUAUGAUACGGGUUCCAUCAAUCAUAAUAUUACCGCUGAAUAUGGUCAGCAAUCAUCGAGAUACCAUCAUAUUAAUCAUAAUCAUCAGAAUAUGCGUGCGCAUGAACCAGCGUCCUAUAUGAGUGCAGAUUAUAUGACCGAUACCACAACAGAUCAUUACGAGAAUCCAAAUUUUGAUUUACGCACGAAUUCUACGGGUGCUGUCGGUGUGGUGGGGGUUGCAGCCAUGCAGAAACAGGCGAAAAAUACUGUUAGCUCUGGAUCAGCAUCUGGAUCGGCUUCUGGGUCCGGUUCGUCCGGUACAUCCGGUACAUCGCAACAGCAAAUGCUGCUAUUGCAGAGUGAUAGUUGCUAUUCUGAGCCAUUACAAGAGAACUCCAGCUACGAGUUUAAUAAUUUUGAGCGGCCUGUUUUCAAAGAGAAAUCUAUUGACAGUAGUCCACAUCCGACCGAUGAAUGCUGGCCAGAAAGGGUGAAAGAGGGGCGCAAGAUCACAAAGAGUCGUGAUAGAAAACAUAACAGUAAGCUCGAUACGACAACUGAAAAUCCAGAACGACGUAGCUCCAAUUCAACAAAUUCAUGUUCUUCAUCAAAUGGUAUACGUUAUACCAAUUAUAAUUCAUAUGAAAGUGGUAGCCAUUACAACGGUGUGCGUAAAAGUGGUACAUUAAACAACAUUGAUACAUGUUCAACAAUGCUUGCUGGUCAAAUUGGAGGUAUCAGUAUAGCAAGUGGUCCUGGUCCUGGACCAGGCCCAGGACGUGCAAUUGCUGUUAUGCCGAGCAUUAAACGAGUGAAUGGUGCUCAGACCUUAGCACAUAAUGAGCGCUCGCAUUAUUUUCAAAGGAGUGGGCGCAAUAUGAGUACAAUCAAUAAUAGAACAUUGCCAUUAAAUGAAUUUGAGUUAGCUCCGAGCGUUUGCAAUGAAUUGGCGCUAAAGCAACAUCAAAUAAAACAACAGCAGAAACCACACCAGCAUCCGCAGCAUCAUUACAAUCAUAACAAUUCUGAAGAGGAAGAUGAGGAAGAUGAGGAUAUAAUAUCUGGCAGCAAUGUCGAGUGCACUAACUUGAUAAGUAAUAGUGAGCAUGGCUAUUGUAUAGCAAGCGAUAACAGCAUAACAACAAGAAAAUCUCCACACCUGCAUGUACAAUCCAUUCAUCAGCAUCUAGCACACAACAGUCUGCAGGAGCACAGUGUAACAUGCAGCCCCGAUCUAAAGGCAAAUGUGUCAAAAACAUCAGGAGAUGCUGAAUCCCAAUCAUGCACUUCGGAUAGCAUGAUUGUUGCUGAUCAGGGCUUCCUGCGUUUUCGGGGAGGCAAUGAAGAGCAAGUGGAGCUAGGUCAUGGUAAGCCAACGAAUGAAGUUAAUCAGCCAAGUCGCAGUGUGUCUCUAAUUUGCAGUAGUGUUAACGGCAUCAACUGCUAAGCCAUUGCGCUUCAUAUAUAUAUAUAUUGACCGCUUACUGCCAAUUGUAGUUAAUUCGUCACUUUCUACUCUCUUCAAACUUGUGAUAUACAUAUUAAUACAUAUAUUACAUAACAUACAUAAAUGCAUACAUAAUACAUACAUACAUAAAUAUUACAUACUCGAUACUAAAAUGAAAAAAAAAUAAAUGACUGUAUUCAUAUUCCCACAAAUUAUGUAAAGCUCGAAUACAAUUAUGAUUAAUCAAUAUUUAUUAUUAUUUCUUGUGUAUAUAUGUAAAAUAUAUUUUUACAGCAUAUAAGAAAAUCAGAUACAUAAAUACAUAUAAAAAUUAUGAAUUUCAGAACAGCUUUUUAUCAUUUGACAGAUUCAAAAGCAGGAUAAAUCAUUUUAUGGCAAAAUAUUCAUUCAGUCUCUAGCUGCAAUAGCAUAAAAAAAUGAAAAUAUACGGAUAGACGCAAAGAGAUUGCUGAAAACCAAUAUACUAAUUUCACUUUUCUGAUCAAGUAUGAAAAUAGUUAGUCGUAUGUAUAUGUAAAAUUAAUGAUUCCAACACUCUUCUUUUAUUAACUGAUAGUAUUCACUAAAUUAAGUUAAAAAUACAAAUAAAAAUUAAACCUAUUUUAUCACUGAAUGUUUAUAUUUACUUUCGAAAUAUAUAUUUAAUAAAAGUGUGUAUGCUGCGGUCGGGUGCUAUCGACUAUUUCUAGUUGUAAGACUUUAGAAUGGGGUGAUUUUCUUUUGUUUGUCAUGCUUUUAACUUUAUGAAUGAGUAUAUAUUUUAAAUUUGAAUUGCCAUGUUUCUCCAAUAAAUAUCACAAUCAUUAUUUUACAAAUCUUAAACACAUUGAAGAAAAUACAUAAUUGUCGGUCAAUGUUGAUUGUAAAUGUAGAAUUGAAUUACUAUAUUAAUAUUCUCAGUCGCAAAUUUUGAAGGCUGGCUUUAACGUGUAAUGAGGUGCUCUAAUAACUAAAUAUUUUAGUAUAAGUGAAAGAUCAAGAAUACGAAAAAUUUGUCCUUUACAAAGUACAUACGAGGAAGCGCUUUAGUAAAUAGUAAAUAUUUCCAUAAAGCUAAUAAAUUUAACAUCUUAUAAUUGUUAAUUGAAACACGAUUUUCGGUGAACUAAUCUAUGCUUACAGCGUAAUUAUUUAUGAUGUAUACAAAAAAAAAAAAUGGAAAUAAAUAGGCUAUAAAUCACACAUAAUGUUAAUUCUGAACGCAAAUAGUACUGAUUAGAUAAGGCUUAUGCAAUUUUAAUGUAAAAUUCUAUCAACAUAAAAUAAUUACAAAAAAAAAAAAAAAUUACCCAUUUUUCUGCUUUAAAGGAUCACGUAUCAUCACCAUUACAAUAUAUGCUAAGUAGAAAGCAAAAUGAUAUAUUUAGUACUACAUAACUACUAUAGCACUACAUUACUACUUUAAUGAAAUAAAACCAAUACAUUUUUACAAUAUGCUAAUAAUAAUUAAAACAAGUAUUCCCAUUAUUAUUAUACUACUUACAUAAUAGAGAAAUAUGUAUACAUAUAAUAAACCGCAUGUACAUGAAAAAAUUAAUCUUAUAAUAAAAUAACUACAUUUAUUAUA